UCACACACAUUCUCCCAUAUGCACACACUCUCUCUCUCUCUCUCUCUCUCUCUCACACACACACACACACAGGUGUUUCACUGUUACGGCAGAAAACAUUUGAAACAUGAAUCAUUUGCAUCUUUAUAUUUAGAGUUUAAAUCGACAGGGAUAAAUAUCAUGAAAGAUUUUCCAGUGUUUUCUCCUGGCUGUGUUUGGGACGCAACACCACGACUUCUUCCGUGGACAAAACUUUAUCCCUCUUCCGCUCCGUGUGGCGUCACUUCCUCUUAUGAGCGUCACUGAGGCGGUAAAAAAUUGAAAACGGCCGCUGCGCGGGCUGUGUUUUAGAGCAGCUUCUGUUUAUCUCCGUUUAAGACGCUCAGAUUCGCAGCUUUCUGUGAAGAGUGAGCUUCAGCUCGGAACGAAUUUCUCCUCUUUAUAAGGACGUGCAGCUUUGUAGCUAUGAAUUCUAUGGAGACCAGGUUUGCCCACCUGUUACAGCCCAUCCGGGACCUUACAAAAAACUGGGAUGUUGAUCUGGCCACCCAACUUGGGGAGUACCUAGAAGAGCUGGACCAAAUGACCAUCUCAUUUGAUGGAGGCAAGACAAUGAUGAACUUUGCUGAAGCAGCACUGUUAAUUCAAGGCUCUACAUGCAUCUAUGGCAGAAAGGUUGAACUACUUCACAGUUUGGUGUUUCAGACUUUAGACUGCAUCUCAAACAAAAACCGCAGACGUGACAAGCAAGGCUCUGCUUCAGCAGAUGGUGUAACUGGGGGCUCCAGCACAGACAAUGAUACGGAUGACUGUGAGUUUGAUGUGGUGGGAGAGGAGCCCAGUACUCACAGUGUGGAGAUGAAAAGUGAUCCAGCUGAUCCAGUGAAGAUUGUUCGACUCCCUCCUGAGUCUCUGAUUCCUGCAGAGGCACAUGAAAAGCAAAAGUAUCCACUCCUCAGUCUUAAGGGAGAGGUUCUUGGGAGCUGUAAAGAUUUUCGGAUCAAUAACUUCACCCAGGACAUGAUGGGAAUCAUGCGCCUGGGUCUGGGUUCCUCUUGUGUUCAGUUCCACAGAGAGGCUUCAGGGCAGGGCAGGGCAGAGGCUGUUGGUGCUGUUGAACAUUAUGAGAAUGAUGAUGAUGGCCAUGGUGGAGAGGAGCUUGCUCAAGUGACAGACAAUGGUAUGGAGGUGGAACCAGAGUCUGACAAGCAUGUCCAGAGACAUCAGGCCCCCAGUGUGAGGAGAAUGCUGCGUGAGAGGCCUACAGUGCAACCGGUUGCUGCAGAGCCCAAGCAUCUACAGGAAACUGUGGAUCCUUGGAAAUGGCAUGAUCCCUAUGUACAUAUAGGAGAAGAUAAACACCUAAAAACAGGGAAGUGCUACAAUGUGCCUGCUGGCCUAGAUGAAUCAGGCAAAAGGAAACGGAAAGGCAGCUCAAAGAUACAGGACUUCUGGGGGUGGUGCACAAGUGCUUAUGAGAGCAUGGACCGCAAGCUUAAGAAUGGACCUUUUUAUCCUGAAUUCAACUACAUCUACCUGGGCAAGAUAGGCCAGCGGCUUAAAUUGCGGAAGAGGGUCCUAAGAAAAACGGGUGUGUACAUAUCUGAUGACAUGCUGAGAAGAACUUACUUGGAGCCAGAGAGUCAAGAGGACAAGGAUGAGGUGGUCCGACAUCCAGGCUUGGAUGGUGAUGACUUCUCAGAUCAUGAAAAUGAAACUUUGGUUGAAGAUCAUGCACCUGGAGACAUUAUUAGUGAACAUGACCCAAUUUUCACUGACUCACAGAUGGGCCGGAUUAGUUAUGAAGACUUGGUCAAAAAGAGUGUGGAGCUGUUCCUAGCCAACUCCCAGAAGUACGCUCAGGAGACGGCUCUGUCUCGCAGGGUAAAGGAGUGGGAGGACGAGAUCAACCCUCGGCUCUUGGCUCAGGAGGACCAUGUGGUUUUUGACAUUCAUGACUAUGGGGACCAGAUUGUCCGUGCACUUGGUGCUGUUGGGAUGAGGCGAUCGUUUGCAUCUCUUGUCAAAGGCAUGGAAAACACAGAAGCCUGUAGAUACAUGCUGGCAUCUCUUCAGCUGGCCAAUGACUACACAGUGGAGAUUGAUAAGAGACCUGGACUUGAUGAGAGCAUAGACACCGUUCACCUGACUUUACUGACCAAACAGAGGGCACACGAACGCCUCAAGUCCUACAGCGCACCCCUGGAGCAUGACCUUCCCUGAGUCAAGUCACAAGUCUUCAUCUUGGCUCACUGCCUGUGUAAGAUUAGAAUAACACUGCAAAAGGACAUUUAUACACAUCAUCCGGAACAGACAGGCAAUUUCAUUUGGUCCUUUUGUGUGAAUCUGUUCAACUUAUAACUACACUCACUGUCCACUUCAGCCAAUCAUGUGGCAGCAGCACAGUGCAUAAAAUCAUGCAGAUACAGGUCAAGAGCUUCACAUCAAACAUCAGAAUGAAGAACCCACAGACCUGUCGCUCACUCUGUUUUUUGUUUUUCGCACCAUUCUGUGUAAACUCUAGAGACUGUAGCGUGUGAAAAUCCCAGGAGAUCAGCAGUUUCUGAAACACUCAAACCUGCCCAUCUGGCACCAACAGCCAUGUCACAGUUAAAGUCACAAAGAUCACACUUCUUCAUUCUGAUGUUUGAUGUGAACAUUAACUGAAGCUCUUGACCUGUAUCUGAAUGAUUUUAUGCAUUGUGCUGCUGCCACAUGAUUAACUGAUUGGAUAACUGCAUGAAGGUGCAGGUGUUCCUAAUAAAGUGGAGAGUGAGUGUAUAUUAAAGUGCAUACCCAUUUAAAGAUUUUUUUUUUUUUUUUUUUUUUAAAGUCAGGCUUAAGUGCAGUUUUGGGUAAACAGUUCUUUGUGUAUGAGAUGUUCAUUAUGCGUGGUUGUACUAUUUUAAUGUCAUUUGUGUCACUGUCUAAUGACUCAUAUAUUACUAUAUUUUCAAUGCUUUAAAGUGCACCUGUGUGAUUAAACCAUCGACUUGUGCUAUA